AUGACUCUUACGCCUGUUGCAAGGUUUCACAUUGGAUUAAUUAAUCGACGUUGGUAUAAAGAUAUGUUACAAGAAGCCGAUGUGUCAAAUAAUACAUUUGUGGUGGUUUCUUCUUUAAAUAUAUCAACAUUAAAAGCAGUUUCUUUGCCAACCCAGUUUUUAUGUUCAACAAAUGGGUCUGAUGUUCAAGUUGAAGGGCUUGCUGCAGUAGAUAAUGAAAUAUCUAAAUCCAUCUCAAAAAAACAUAAGUUUGGCGAACUUUGGGGAUUAGGAAGGAAAGUGAUGGUUGACGCAAUUGAAGAUGAUAAUGAGGAAAAUUAUCGCGAACUUCUUAGAGUUUUUUUAUCGAUUCAAAAAAAGUCACAACAAA